UUGCAGUUUAAAUCUCCCUGUUUAGUGCUUCCUAAUGUGCCCCUUUUUGUCGUCCUUUGUAGACUCGAUUGUGCUGUUAAAGGACAACCUAAGCCUGAAAUACGUUGGUUCCACAAGGACGUUGAAAUCAUUCCCAAGCAGGUCCCCUCUCCGCAACAAACUAGCAAGUACGAACUCGUCGUUGAGCAACCUGAGGACAGGCACAUUGUCUACAUACACAAUUUGAAUCCCUCGGAUGCCGGCGAGUACAUUGUUCGCGCAGAGAACGAACUAGGUGUUACUGCCUGCAAAACGACAAUAACCGUAGGACCACAGUCGACUCAAGCUGUACCAAUCCACUUCUCACGACCUCUGCCGGAAAAGGUCACCGCCCAGCCGGGCUACUCAACAACUCUUGAAUGUGAGGUUGACGCGAUUGCACCAGUGACCUUCAGUUGGUACGUCAACGGCCUGGAGAUCGAGAAGACCUCGCCCAAUUUUGUCAUUCUCGAGGAGGUCAAUCGGAGUACCAUGACCAUCCAGGUGGUUCCGUCAGCAAUGCUUCCAGGAGAGGUCUCCGUUGCAGCCCAGACACCUGAUGGUGCCUCAGUCGUUUCAACGACUAUCCUUCAAAUGCAGGUGGUGCCCAGCCCAGAAUUAGGCUCGCCUGAGACUACCGAUUUCACCCUGCCAUUACGUUUCAUCCAGACGCUGCCCGAAAUCCAGACUAUUUCGAGAUCGCAGUCAGUUUUAAAUCUCGAAGUAGCCGUUUCACCAACUCCUGUUGCUCCAAUAUUUUGUUGGUAUGUGAACGGUACGAAUAUCGACCUCAUGCCACCGGACGUCCGUCCGCGGGAAGUUCAGAUCGAACUCGUAAGUCCAACGCAAAGCAGGAUGGUCAUAACCAGACUCGAUACGACGCAAAUUCAAGAAGUUACGUGUCAGGCCUUCCUGAGUGACCAGCCUUCAGAUACCGGCAUAAAAACAACCUGCCUCCUGAGGCCCGAGCCCCGGCAGAUUCCAGAACAACCAAUACAACAGGAGACUCCUUUGCGUUUCGUCCAACCGCUGGAAUCC